CAAUCAAAAGUUUAUCACAGUUGCAUUGCCGUCGAGUCGCACAAGACAGCAAAUAUGAAGGUUUUCGUUGCUUUUCUCGCUUGUGUCCUAUACGUGAGGGCUGGACCAGUGAACCAAGAUGAUUCUGUUGUGAAAUUAGUUGCAAACCAAUUCAUUCAUUGCGUGAACAGUGAUCUAAGUUUGUGCUUGAAGGAAAAUGCCUUGAAAGCGACAGAACGUCUCGGAACAGUUCGCAAGCUGUCCAUCAUAGAUGGCGUUACUAUCAUCAACAAUAGCCCCAAGGAAGCCAGGAGUCUUGACUCCUUGCCCACUGACCCCGAGGCCAGGAACAAGCAGGUGACAGAAAGACUAUGGGAGAAAGCCACAGACCUUCUGCAGCAAGGUGAACUGGAGCUCAGCUAUGCCGGUGGAGAAGAAGAAGAGUCGCGGGCUCUCGAUGAAUCGGAAGAAGCCCGUGGCAAGAAGAAGCAAGGCAAAAAGAAGUUGAAGUUGCUCAUUCCCCUUCUUCUCCUGGCUAAAGCCAAGGCCGUUGCUAUAAUAGUCCUUUCUCUCGUGGUCAUCGCUGCUUCGUUGUUCAAGCUCGCCGUGAUGGCCAAGAUCGCAUUCAUCGUCAAAGCUAUCACAGUCCUAAAGGCUCUCUUACAUAAGAAGCACCAUGAAGAAGACCACGGCUGGGCUCCAGUGGAAGAACAUUCCCACGGAGGUCACGGCGGAUGGGAAGGCGGCUGGUCCAGGUCUAAAAACGACGGAUCUUCACUCGCCUAUUCUCACUACAGAAAGUAAAACUUGAAAAACGUUUGCCAUGAUGACCUGGAGGUAAAGUGACAGAUUUUUGUCGAGACUUGAUCAUAAAAAUAUUAUUUGCCGUUUUUUUAGUGUUUUAACUACGUUCCAUCUAUCAGCUACAUAUAUCAACUAUUUACAAUUUGUAGUGACAUAGUUGGAAUUAGGAUCAUUUGUCUGGGUCAGAUUAUAUUUUAAUUUAUCUUAUUUAUUUGUGUGUAUGUUGUAUGAGUGAAGUUUUAUUUCUUUUUCUUUUCGGCCAUUUUACUUCUAUAGAAGAUUAUAUUGGUUAAUUUGACCGAAAAGGAACCUUUCAAUGUAUAUGUGUGAUAGUUUAUUUAUUUUUACUUAUAGUAUUAUAGUUAUGUAUGUACAUAAUUAUUUUGAGUUAUACCAAAAAUAAUUUAUUUUAAGUUAUUUUUAUAGAUUAAGUUUUUUUUUUCAGCAAAUAAUGCCAGUACAAAGAUGCUCAAUUUUAUUUAUGCGUUUUUUAGUUAAAUGUAUUUAAUUUAUAGACAAAUCAAAAUGUGUUUAUUAAAAUGUAUAUUUUUUAUAUUAUAUGGAGUCAAAGAAGUGUAUAUUAAUAAUCGAACGAGUACAUAUAGUCAUUUUGCUUAUUUAAGUAUUAGAUAUGUAACUCUAUUAUAUAUUUAUUUUAUGUAUUAUAAAAUAUUAUAUUUAUAUCUGAUCUCCUUUCUUAAGCAAUGUAUUUAUUUAAAGAUAUAGAUAAGUAUAUAUUUUUUUAUUAUGCAAUUUAUAUAUGUGUAUCGUGUAUCACGAAAAUUGAGUAUAUAUGUGACUGUGUGAUUGUGUGUGAGCGAGUUAUUAUUUAUCCUCCGAUUAAGUUAUUAAAUACUUACAAAGUUAUUACAAUAAACAGCAUUUAAAAAUA